CCCAAGGAGAUUCAUAGCCCGAAAACUUUCGUUCAGCUGACUCGCUCUGCUGGCGCCGAAUCUGUUCGGAUAAAGAGGAUUUCUAGCCACGGGAAGACAAUCGUAAAGUUCAAGCUUCGGACCAAACAGUACUUGUACACGAUCUGUGUUAAGGAUGCGAAGAACGUGGAGAGACUCCGGCAAAGUCUGCCACCAAGUGCGCAUCCAACCCACUGUGUUACCGUCAUAUAG